GAAAAGUUUGAAAAUGUGAUUCACCUCGACAGUUUCUUCUCUCUCACACUCACCACACUUGCGCUCACACACUCGACACAACCACGACUGCUUGAAUGCGCUUUGAUACCUUGACGAGAGAGACCUUGACUACUCUACGCUCUCGAUUCAGCGACACCGCCAACAUGCGUCGCUCCCGACUGACCUCAUGGCUCGAGAACAUGAAGACGGCAACGAAGUCGAUGGCACAGUCGAUAGACAAGACGGGCAGAGACGAGACCUUUGCUGCAGUCGAAGAACACGCACACUCCAUUCACCAUGACUCGACUCUCGAUACCGACGACGUCUUGACCCGCAAAGACACCCACAACCUGUUCGACAAGCACUUCUCCUUCCGCCGCCGCCGCCGCCUCUCUCCCAUCUUUCCCUCCAGCACCUCCAAGCGCUCCAGCGUAGUAUCGCAAGACCCCUCACCCUCUCAACCCGCAACCACAAAUCCGUCCACCAGCGACGCCGAGUCGACGACCACGACGCCCCGCACAAGCAUCAGCACCGCACCACGCCGCCCCAGCUUCCCCUGCGUCUGCCGCAUGCCGACCUGCCCACUGUGCCAAGCCGACUCCGACACCGACUCCAGCGCGACCAAAAGCCCCGGCAGCGUCAAGGCCGGCCGACGCGCAGCCCAGCUCGCACAGCUCAAGGCCUGCGCCCUCAACGACCCGGACGCUUUCCACAUCUCCAUCACCAAGACGGCGACCGGCUUCUCCGUGGCGCGCGACUACACCAAAGACGUCGAGCGCGAGCAAGCGCGGCGAGACCUGACCCCACGGACCGCCAAGUUCUACGAGUCGAUCCAGAAAGUGCGAUGCUCGUCUUGGCCGCAGACCGAGCACGAGGCGCCAGCGAGGUUCCAGAAUGUCGACUACAAGGCGGCAAAGGUGAAGGCGCGCGAGAGGUCGCUCUCGCAGAAGGCGAGGUGGCGGAGGGAGAGCGAGCUCACGUGGUACCUGGCUGAUAUGGAUGAGUAUGAUGAGGGUGUGGCGCCGGAGCAUGUGAUCUCUGUACCGAAGAGACAGGGGAGAGCGGUGUCGGUGGAAGAGAUGCUGGCAGCGGAGAAGGAACUUGGAUAUGACGAGUUUGGUAAGCCUGCGGAUGAGGCGAAGGUGGAGAAGAAGACGGCGUACGAGUACGAUAUCUUCAAGGACGAGAAGGAGCGGGGGUUCCUUGGUGAUGAGCCUCUUUAGGCGCGGAUGAAUGUCGCGUUGGGAUAUGAUUGCGAGGACGAAGGUUUUUAUGGAUUAAUGAAUGCACGACGAUACCCGUGGAUACGGCUUUUAGCUU